AUGGCACAUGAAUGGAUGCUCAACUCUGGAGAAUUCAUGAACUCCUAUAGAGAAGUGGAAGGUAAGUACCUUGAUUUAUUACUUGCCAAUAAUGAAAAAGACAAGAAGCCAUUGUGGGCUGUUGGUCCACUUCAUAUGCUGCUAGAAUCACACGAAUCUAGUGACAGAAAUCGCCAUGAAUGCCUAGAAUUUCUCGACAAGCAAGAUGCUAAUUCAAUCAAUGAGCUCGCGCUUGGUUUAGACCAGAGCAAACACAGAUUUAUUUGGGUACUAAGAGAGGCAGAUAAAAAGAUGGGUGUGGAGAAAUUCGAAGCGAAAGAAAGAAAUAAGAUUAAAUUACCGGAAGGAUUUGAAGAGAGAGUGGAAGGAAGAGGAAUGGUGGUGAGAAAUUGGGUACCCAAAUUGGAAAUCUUGGGACAUCCGUCUACGGGUGGAUUUUUGAGUGAUUGUGGAUGGAACUCUUGUUUGGAGAGCAUUAGCAUGGGAGUUCCAAUAGCAGCUUGGCCAAACAAUGCAGACCAGCCCUAUAAUGCUGUUUUUGUAACUAGUGUUUUAAAAAUUGGAAUCUCCGUGUGGAGUUGGGCUCGAACCCGUGAUCUAUAG